GUACUCCGUUCAUCGACGGCGAAGUCCGCGUCCGCGUUUACUAAAUCUUUCAUUCACUCACGUUUGCUUUGCUCUCGCUCACUCGCUCACUCUCACCGUGCUUUGCCACAAAACUCUCGGCACUGCACGGGGAAAACGUGCGAAAUUCGGUCGAGAUUAUAAAUAACAAAAUAAUGCUCGUCAGUUUGUGCGGCCGUUUAUCGGCAAGGUGGAAUGCUAUUUUCCGCGUAACGCAGGUAGUGAAGGGAAGGCUUUUUAGGGAAGCCAAACGAAAGGUAUGUUUUCAAUAAUCCUCACUCCCCAAUCCGCUGGCUGCCUUUUGCGCCCGGUUUUAUGCAAAACUCAUACAGCAAAGCAACCGCAAUGUUGGUAUUUCUUCAAUAAAAAAUCGGGGGUUAACGGAAGGGGUUUUCACAGCAAAUAGCAGGAAAUAAAAGAAAACAACAACACUAUUAACAAGAUACUGAGGUGAGAAAUGAACAGGGCGGGAAAAGGGUAGCAAAGGACUGGUAUGGUACAUUGGUUUCCCUUUAUGAACUCCCUCCUUUACGGGGUUCGGAAUUUGGCUGACACAUUCCACACACGCUCAACGGCCAUAGGUGGGAUGGACGGCAAAAGAUGGGACGAGCGUACGAGAGUCGAACCCAUCUCCCAUCUCGUAUUUCUCUUAGCGAUAGGGAAUUAAAGAAGGAAAGAAAAAUAAAACAGCACGCCGAUGAGAUAUGUACUACGAGCACGGGAUUAUGUGUGCGUUUUUACCUUCCUUUCGGUUCGGUGUUUUCCCGCUGAAAUAUUCAAAAUUCACGCAGUGCUCUCGCGGACUUUAGCGAAAGAACAAGUGUGUGAAGCUACUGCGUUUGCUGUAACGAUGGAGUUUUAUUCGUUUCGUAAAAUGCAUCAUGUCACAAUCAUCGACUAGCAGCGUGUGUGUUGCUGGUAAACCGUGUGAAAACCUUCCUUCCUGCGUGAUUAGCGUUCGGAUCGUCCAUGUGGCAGUGUUUGAAGCGUGUGAAAGUGCUACUACUAAUCAACGGUACGAAAUAGUUCCAUCUACCGUGUGGUGACCGAGUGACCCGAAGUAGCACUACUUCAAGUGUUUGUGUAGUUUUCCCUGUGUGUGUGUGCCUACGUAAAAGUGGCCUGCUCGGGUGGGCACUUACACGUGAGAGUGUGUGUGUGUGUAUGUGGUGUGGUGUUUGUGUUGAAUGUUGAAGAUGUCCUCCAUAUCCGCCCAGGGAGUGGUUGAGCGUGCCUCGGCCGAACUAUCGAAACGCAUCAACGGCCUUGGGUUGCGGUCGAAGCACCAUCAUGGUAGCGGUGGUGGCAAAUCCGGCGAGAAGGCCAGCGUGAUGGAGCGCGUCACGAACGUGCUGUGUGGGGGUUCCAGCAGUUCGAGCAACUCCAGCAACUCUGCCGGAAACCUCACCAUACAAACCGCUGGCCAAUCACAGUCCGGUGGUGGUGGUGUUGGUGGUGGUGGUGGUGGUGUUGGUGGAGUUGGUGGUGGUGGCCAUGCUCCUGAGAAACCGUCCCGUGUAUCUAACCCCUCGGGUGGUACGAACACCGCGGGUGGUAAAGGUGGUGGUUCGAUGUUGGGCAUGGGUUCCGGAACCGGUGGUGGCAAGUCACAGUCAAACACUCCCCAAUCGCUGCGAAAGAUUGGCCAACAUCAUCAGCACGGCGGUGGACUCAACCAUCACCAUGGGGGAAAGAUGGGCCAGUCGCAGCUGGUUCUGCCACAGAUCCUCACGAUUGAGCAGCUGCUACAGGACGAACGAUUCUUGGCCCGGUUCUUCCUGUACUUCACGUCGUACGAGCGCUGCACACUGGCCCAGGUCUGUCAGAAGUGGCGCGACUUGCUGUACCGUAGUCCGCGCUACUGGAGCGGACUGGUGCCGGUGCUGCAGUGUCGUGAGCUGCGCCAAACCACCAACCAGGACCGGGUGAAGCUGUACAAUUCGCUUAUCCGGCGCAGCUUCCAUGCCGUCUGUCUGAUGGGUGCGACCGAUGAAGAUGCGCUGGAUCUGGUACACUCCUUCCCACUUGCUUCGAAACACGUCCAUUCGCUAAGCCUCCGGUGCUCCUCUAUCAGUGAUCGAGGUCUGGAGGCAUUGCUAGAUCAUUUACAGUCACUGUUCGAGCUGGAGCUGGCUGGUUGUAAUGAGAUUACCGAGGCCGGUCUGUGGGCUUGCCUGACGCCAAGGAUAGUGUCGCUUUCGCUGGCAGAUUGCAUCAAUGUGGCCGACGAAGCGGUCGGAGCCGUCGCACAACUGUUGCCUUCACUGUACGAAUUUUCGCUGCAGGCCUACCACGUGACAGACGCAGCGUUAGGUUACUUUUCACCGAAGCAAAGCCACAGUCUCAGCAUUCUUCGGUUGCAGUCCUGCUGGGAACUUACGAACCAUGGUGUCGUCAAUAUAGUACACUCUCUACCACACUUGACCGUGUUAUCGUUGUCGGGCUGCAGCAAAGUGACGGAUGACGGUGUGGAGCUGAUUGCGGAAAACCUCCAGAAGCUAAGAGCGCUCGAUCUGUCCUGGUGCCCACGGAUAACGGAUGCUGCCCUCGAGUACAUUGCCUGUGAUCUGAACCAGCUGGAGGAGCUAACGCUCGAUCGCUGCGUACACAUCACUGACAUCGGUGUUGGUUACAUCUCAACCAUGCUCUCGCUGUCCGCACUGUUCCUGCGCUGGUGCACCCAAAUCCGAGACUUCGGUCUGCAGCAUCUUUGCUCAAUGCGUAACCUGCAGGUGCUGUCGUUGGCCGGCUGCCCACUGCUUACCUCGUCCGGGUUGUCCAGCCUCAUCCAGCUGCGCCAUCUGCAGGAGCUGGAGCUCACGAACUGUCCGGGCGCGUCACAGGAACUGUUUGGCUACCUUCGCGAACAUUUGCCCCGCUGUCUGUUGAUCGAAUAAUCCCAUUCCGGUACCGGUGCUCACACGCCCGUUGACGUUCGAUGACGGUGGAGAAGUAACGGUCAAUAGACACUACUUCAACGCUAGAAAGGAACUAGCAAACGAAAUCUCCUCACCGAGAUAACUGUUCCCAGGGAAUGGUUCGCUUCUCCGUGCAAUCUUUUACUUUUAGUCUAAGUUGUUUUAAGGACGAGAGUUCGUACGAGCAGUGAUGCCAGAGGGUAUUUUUUUCUUGGAGGAAGUAAAAUUGUUUGGCCUAUGCAAAAUUGCACCACAACCCUAAGCUACACGAAAGAGUUGCGCUUUUUUUAGUAAUAUUCAAUAACCAUAAACGCCUAUUAUAUACCAAAAUGGCAUUUUGGCCAUAUCAGUUGCGUCCUCGUUUUAUGUUUUUUUUUAAAUUUUAUAAGUUUAUAACACUCUUUUUACAGCCAACUUUCUACACUGCUCACCGUACUAACCGUAGUCGAAACAAUUCCUAUCCAAACUCACACAUAAGGCGUGUACGAGUGAACGAUCGAUAUUUAAAUGGCCACAAAAAUUAUGGCUAAUGUUUAAGCGUGGAUCUCACUAUCACAUUUUUACUGAUCAGCAUCGUAAGUUGUUAAACGGUCGCCCAGCGCAAAAAGGAGCGCCCAACUGAACGAUAAUGUUAAUCCAAUUGUUUUGACUGUGGUGUUCCAGGUGAUUGUAUAAUGUGGAAACAUGAGUAAAUGCAUGCGGAAAAGAAUAAAAAAAUUACUUUCCUAUAACAUAGCAACAAAAGAGGUGGCAAAAAACAAACGAAUCAAACAAAACUACAUAUGGCUGGCAAAGCAAAAACAAAAAACAAAACAAAACCAAAAAAUCAUCACCUUUUGUCGAAUGUUAAACGGCUGUGUAGAUAAACGUGUAUAAAACGAAGAGAAAAUAGAAUGAAACGCUACUAACGAUGGCAAAAACAAAGACGAAAAGAUAUUACACUGCAAGCUACAAACUAAUACACAAAGCAAGAGAAGAAAACACACGCGAAAAAAAGGAAAAAGAAAGAAGUUGUUUUGCUAGUGUUAUAAAAUAAUUAGAAAUGAAUACCAAAAAAAAACAA